AUGUGCUAUAUCUCCAGCACAGUGCCGCAGCUGCUGGUCCAUUUCCUGAGUCGUACCCAGACAAUCCCGCUGCUGGCCUGUGCCACCCAGAACUACGCCUUCUUUGCCUUUGGUGUUACUGAAUGUUUCCUGCUGGCUGUCAUGGCUUAUGACUGCUAUGUUGCCAUCUGCUGCCUCCUCAACUAUACCUUGGUAAUGGGGCAUGGAAUAUGUGCUAAGAUGGCUGGUGCCUCCUGGAUCUGUGGCAUCCUGCACUCAGUAGUGUUCACUGUUUAUACCUUCCAUGUACCCUUCUGCAGGUCCAACCACAUGGAUCACUUCUUCUGUGAGGCCCCUCAGCUGCUCAAGUUGUUCUGUGCUGACACGUACAUUAACGAACUGGUCAUCUUUGGCGUGGCUGUCCUGUUUCUCAUUAUCCCCUUCUCCCUAGUCUUUGUCUCCUACACUCGCAUUGUAGCAAGUAUCUUGCAUAUAAGCUCAGCAGCUGGGCGCCGGAAGACUUUCUCUAGCUGUGCUUCACACUUCACGGUUGUCUCCCUUUUCUAUGGAGCAGCCAUUUUCAUGUACAUGAGACCUCGUUCUACCCACUCAGUGUAG